CUCAAAGGGAACUGAGAGCAGGGACUCCAGGAGAUAUUUGCACACUCGUGUUCCUAGUAGCGUUAUUCACUAUAGCCAAGUGAUGGAAGCAACCCAGCUUGCCCUCAACAGAUGAAGGGAUAAGCAAAACCAUGGAAUAUUAUUCAGCCUGAAAAAGGAGGGAAUUUCUGACACUUGCUACCACACGGAUGAACUUUGAGGACAUUACGGACGCCCAGAAGCCCUCCGUCUCAGAGAUGCUGCCGCUGCUGCUGUCCCUGCUGUGGGCAGGGUCCCUGGCUCAGGACAGAGAAUACCGGCUGGAAGUGCAGGAGUCCGUGACGGUGCAGGAGGGCCUGUGUGUCCGCGUGCCCUGCUUCUUCCACCAUCCCCGGGCCUACUGGGACUACUCUGUCCCAUCUUUCGGCUACUGGUUCCAGGAAGGGGCCAGAACCGACCAGAAUCGUCCAGUGGCCACAAACGACCCAGGUCGUGGGGUGCUGACGGACACCCAGGGCCGAUUCCACCUCCUUGGAGACCCCCGGACCUACAGCUGCUCCCUGGACAUCAGAGAUGCACGGCAGGGGGACACGGGGACAUACUUCUUUAGGGUGGAGUGAGGGCCUUUUGUGAAAUAUAGUUAUUUAGAGAACAAGCUCCACCUGCAUGUAACAGCUCUGACACAGACACCCGACAUCCACGUCCAGGGGACCCUAGAAUCUGGCCUCCCCAGGAAUAUCACCUGUGCAGUGCCAUGGGCCUGUGAGAGGGGGACACCCCACACCUUCUCCUGGACCGGGGUUGCCCUCCCUUCCCUGCACCCCAAGGGCCCCCACUCCUCGGUGCUCACGCUCACCCUGGGGCCCCAGGACCACGGCACCAACCUCACCUGUCGAGUGACCUUCCCCGGAGCUGGCGUGAGCACAGACAGAACCAUCAGGCUCAACGUGUCCUAUGCUCCACAGAACCUGGACAUUCGUGUCUUCCGGGGAAAUAGCACAGAGAUCCUGGGCAACGCCACCUCCCUUCGAGUCGUGGAGGGCCAGUCCCUGCGCCUGGUCUGUGUUGUCGACAGCAACCCACCCACCAGGAUAAGCUGGGCCCGUGGGUGCCUGACAGUGAGCCCCUCACAGCCUUUGGGUCCUGGGGUCCUGGAGCUGCCCCACGUGGUCUUAGGGGAUGGAGGAGAAUUAACCUGCCAAGCUCAGCACCCGAGGGGCUCCCUCCGUGUCUCCCUGAACCUAGUUGUACAGGGUGUCUCCUCUUCCUUCUCCCAAGUCUCUGGGGAGCGGAGAGAGGGCUCCUGGCCCCUGGUCCUCACGUUGCUCAGGGGGGCCCUGAUGGGGGCUGGUUUCCUUCUCACCUAUGGCCUCACCUGGAUCUACUAUACCAGGUGCAGAAACUCACAAGGGAAUAGGCUUGAGAGGUGUGACUGAGUUCCCUUCUUCACAGUGAUGCUUCAGAGGUCUAUGAACAAGGAGGUCCCGGGUGACUUGAACCUGCUUCCCUUCCAGAAAUAGCAUCUCUUCACAUCUGGCCUCCAGGUUUCUUCCUGAUAGUUCUCCAUGAGUGGUUGUGAGGGCAAGGAGGAAAUAGAUAUUUUUAUUAUUAAAUUGAACUAUGCUCCGUGUAA